AUGAUUCCCAGGGAAAAUUGGCGACUUGGCGUUCUCCGGCGAGCGCGCGAUCUUGGGAAUGAAAGUGAGUGGGGAUCCCACGGUGGCCCCACUGCAGAAAGGCGCACAGCCGAGGCGCGUGUGGAGGAGAAGCUUUUCGCCGUUGAACCCAUCGUCUGGGGGGAUAACUUCUCAGGUCCGAUGUCAGCAACAAAAUGUGCCGAACGAGGCGGAAACUUCUGCUCUAUGUUGCUAACUCGACCAUCAGCCAGUCUGAUAGCGAGACGAGCGGGCGCCACACAAUAUGCGGAGCACCUGGAGAGCAGUUCUGAGGAGCGCAAGAGGCACGGGAUCAGCAAGCGCUUGGUGACCGGCGAAGAUGGCGAGUACGACGCGUAUCAGGGCGUGCUGGGGCGCGCGGGCAUCGACUUCCCCGUCCUGCCCGGCAUUCCCAAGACCACCUUCAACUGCAAAUCCGUGGGCAAUGGCUACUUCGCCGACUUAGAGACUGAGUGCCAGGUCUUCCACAUCUGCGAUGACGGUCGCAAGAUCUCCUUCCUCUGCCCCAAUGGCACGAUUUUUCGGCAGACGGACCUCAUCUGCGAUUGGUGGUUCAAGGUGAACUGCGCCGCAUCGCCCAGCCAGUACGCCGAGAGUGCCGAAACCCUGGCCAGAUCGCAGAACAGACGCUCGUCCGCGCCGUCGCGUCUGCAGAUACUCACCGAGACGGAGCCGCGCAAUGAGACCGAAGCCGAAGUGGGAAAGGGUGAACUCAAAGUGACGAAACUGCCUGUCGCCUCGCGAAAGAGUUACAAGGAGUCACGCGUGAGGGCAGGACCCACGAAGCUACGAUCUCGCCAAUACGCCAGCUUUGAGUACAGUUCACAGCAAGACGGAUCGAACGAGAGCUACGACUUUGAGGACUUCAUCGUGCCGCGCAGAAGACCGAACUACAGGACUCGCGUGCCCGUUCGUCUGGUUUCUCAUCCUGACUUUGAUCAUAUUUACAGGAUCAAUUACCGCGGACCUCCACUGACCUUCCGAGUGGAUCCCGCUUCCAAGGAGAGUCAGGAAUUCGCCGAGAGCGCAUCCUUCCUCAAGACACGCAACACCUUCAACGGAUACACCUACCAGCAACCCGAUAAGAGGGUGAAGCUCAACAAUGGCGAAGCAGAAACCACCCUUCCGCCCACUUACGUGCCCACAGACACCACAGUUCCCAAUCCAGUGCAGCACCGGGGAACAGCGGUGUACUCCACGCCCAACAGCAUCCAGGAUGAGGUGAAGUAUACCACCCAAGCGCCCAUAGACAGCCGCAAAGUCAACAAGUACACCACAGCGCGGAGACUCGAGUCUUCCCGGACAACGCCAUAUUACACCCCAACAGUGCCAACAGUUUCUAGCCGUUCCCAGUUUGACUCCUCCCGCCAAGUGUCCACAAUCUCUCCAGCUCCAUCCACAACCACCACCGCAGCAGAGCACGCCAUGGAGAUGAUGAAGACACUCAAGGAGUUGGACUUGGUGACAUCCACACCGACAAUUCCCACUCCUGCGGAUGCGGAGAGGAGCAGCAUUGGCCAGAGACUUGGUCUGCAGAUUCCCCCAUCAUCCGGCCCAGAAACUCUGCACUCUCUAGCCUUGUACUUCGCCACAGCCAUGGACAAUAUCACGAAGAGCUUCCCCACUGAGAGAUCGGCUUCAUUCACAGAUGGCACAACCACGAGUGCUGAGGCAGUGACAGAGAGCAGAGGCAUUUCUGGAGCUCUGCUGCGAGAUGAAACUGUGAACAACUACGAGAAACUAUUCCAGCCACCACAACCGGAGACAACCACUCUUCCGCCCACAACUGAGCUUCCUGAUCUCACUACGCCUGAUCUGCUUUCUCGACUGGCUUCGAUUCCCUUGGCAGAGAGCAAUGAUUUGGAGGGUCAACACUCCAAGAAUCCUGUCGUGUCAGCAGCUGGAACGCAGCAGAUCCGGGAACUGGCUCAAGUCUUCACGCACGCUUUGUCCGCAUAUCUCCACGAUCCGAUCAUGUUCAGGAAAGUCUUGUCUGAGAUCCGACCCACAGAACCGCCUCCGCCAUCCGUGGAAACGAACGAAGUGGUUUCCAACAGAUUCGGUCGCACCGAAGACUUUGAUAAGCGUGAUAAUCAAAUCAGCACACAAGGAGUGACUUAUUUGCCGACCACGCCAUCAACCACGACGACAACUGAAGGCCUGGAAAUCCUGGAUUUCUCAGAUGUGACUAUUUCCACGAAGAGGGACUUCACGAAUGAACCAUUGACACCAUCCAGCGUAACAGAUUCCCCAGAAAAGGACAAGAGCUCCGCAUUUGACCUGUCGAAGACUCCAGGCUCUAACUUGGUGUCUGAGAAUCUCGAGCGAUCAGCCAGCAAAUACUAUCAGAGCCAUAAUGGUCAGAACAAUGAUGAAGACAAUGAGAUCCCGACUACCACUGAGAAUCAACUUGCGGCCGAAAUCAAUGGGGAACUCACCAUCUCAACCAUUUUCCCAUACUUGCAAGGAGACAGUCAUGAGAAUGAGGGCAAUUUCACUCUUGACGAAAACAGUUAUUUCCCAGUUGAUUCCGGCGAGGCGAAGAGGAAUGUGAGUUCAUCCAAGCCGUACGGAUUUGAUGUGAUCGGACAGUUGCGAGUGGAGAAUCUUGUGACAUCAACCUCAGCUCCUGUACCUGCCAAUCGAUGGGGAUCCGAAGUCACUACUGAUUCUCCCUUCUCCACAGCCUUUCCAGUGACUCUUUCUUCCGAAUUGACUCCACCGGCAAAGCAGGACAGUGCAACGAAUGGCCAUCAGAAGCCCAGCAUACUAAUCCUGCCACCUGUGAAGCUAGAAGACGAGGAGAACUUGCAGAGAGCUCAGAGUCAAUCCUUGGUGGCGUCAGGAAAUCAACUUCUUGGAGAUCGCAAAGGCAAGGCGCAAAAGCAAUCCACGGAAUCUCCAAUCUCGACUACAAUCGGAUAUGAAUCGACAACUUCUGAGCCAAGAUUUGACUUCAGUCACACAAGUGGCGAGUCCGUUUCCACGACAUUCGCGCCUCUGGCUCAAUUGAAGGGACAUUACAUUACUAAGGCCCUGCCUGACACCACAACUCCAGGAUCCACGCCCGAAGUGGCCACGACAACGGAUUUCCCGGACGUCGGGAAGUUCAGCCCUAAUCCUUGGUCAACGCUGGCGUACACGAUCUUCCUGGAUCCGCUCACAAUUAACGAUGGUCUGAUGAAUUCCGCAGAGGAAGAGUCCACGGCGGAGAAUGGAAGGCUGGUGAAUGGAUUGACCAGGACUACAGUGCCCUACACAGGAGAACUCACGACCGAGGCCACAAGUACAAAGUUCGGACUGCGGAACUCCUUCGAUGAUGAUCUGCAGAGUGUGAGAAAUGAGACCUCAAAUGUGAAAGAUGCCAUGAAACGCCGUGCCAAUGAGAUGUUUGGCGGUCUCAAUGAGACUUCCGUCAACUCCCUGAUGAAUGUCAUGAAGAAGGCGGACAGCAACAAGACGGUGAGACGCCUGAUCCUGCUCCUCAUUCAGACCUGCGACGAAGACUACACGAAGACUGUGGAGGAGUCGCGGAAGGCCCUCCUGGACGCCCUCAUUGGCAUGGACCACAAUGACAUUGAAGAUAACAUCCAGAUACUCACCACGAAUCAACUCCGUGGCCGAGGAAGCAGAAAGAUUCGCCUCCAGACGGCCAAUGGCCAGAAUGUGAUUGUCGACAGCAGCACUUCUUCAGUUCCUAUCACCACAUAUCGCAGAGUUGUUCCCGCGGAGACCAUCUCAACCACUUCCAGCACAACGCAAGCUCCCCCCACGACGACGGAAGUUCCCGAGACGACAACUGUCCUGCCAGAAACCACCACGAGACGCAUAAGUGGACGGUUUCAGGCGGACGAAGCCAUCUCGGCGGAGACUUUGAGCACCUUUGACGAUUUCGGUCGCCGCACAACUCCUCUUCAGUCAUACACUAGCACCACGGAGGCGCCUGAGGAAGCCACCACGAUCUUCCCAAUCUACUACCACUCUAGCGAGGUCACCACGCGCUCUGCACCCGCCAAGGCACCCUCCACCACAACCUCCACCACCACAUCCCGUCCCAUCGCUCCGCGGGUGCACAUAUCCAACGACAAGGACACCAAGAGAGUGGGCAAGAGCCUGGAGCAGCUCCUCGGCCAGCAGUCCAUCAACACAGUCCAGCACAAGCGAUCGGACGAGCGCGCCCUGGAGCUCCUGAAGUCCCUGUACGCUCUCGCCGCCAAGUGGGGCCGACGAUAA